AUGGAACUCGGCGCCAGCCUGGUUACUACCAAAGUGGGCGGAGCCAGUUGUGAGAAUACACUCCAGAGGUACCUCAGCAAGGCCAAACUGACAACCGGCGCAGAUGGUAGCCAGCAUAUUAACGAAGACUCAGCCCGCUCGUCGGACGACCUUCUCACUCGAGAAUACUCCAUCACCCAUGACGACGACGCGUCCAUAUCCUCAAUGAAGAACCCCCCGAAGAAGCGGUGGUGCUGUGGAGUAAAAUUAUAUACGCCCAAUACCUCGCGAUUCGCAGACCAUUUCCACAGCCGGAUCAUGCAGAAGUUUCCUUUUCUGCAGGAGAUGUUCUACUGGAUAAUCACCUACGCCUUCUAUCGUUGUACCAGUAUCACCUCGCAGGCCAUAUUUUCGAAGACGGGCAUCUGGGAGGUAGCACAAGAUCACGGCUUGUCAAUUCUGGAAUUCGAGCAGUUCUCCUGGCUGAGCUUUCUCUGGCCGGUACACGAGCGGGAUGUGCAGCAAUGGUUCAUGCACGGCCACCAGACCUUCCUGACUGUCCUCAACCGCUCGUAUGCGCUGAUCCAUAUCCCAGGGACUGUUGGAUUUAUCGCGUGGUAUUAUUAUGUCGCCCCAUCUUUCAACACUUUCUCUACUGUCCGACGUACCAUGACCCUCACCAACCUGUUCGCCUUCAUCAUAUUCAUUCUCUUCCCGUGCAUGCCUCCUCGCCUUCUGCCCCGCGAGUACGGUUUUCUUGAUAGCGUAGGACACAACAAUGCCGAGAGCGUCUGGAUGAGCGGGAAAUAUGUCAACUCCCUGGCCGCGAUGCCCUCCAUGCACUUCGGCUACUCCUUCUGCAUAGGCUCCACGAUGUUCUACCACUCGGGCGUGUUUCGAAGGUCGCUCGAGCCUGGUGAGACGCGCAAGUCGAAGCCAUGGCAACUCUUCUAUCUCUUUCUUGCCGUUGGCUAUCCGUCCUGGAUUCUUAUUACCAUCGUGGCAACAGCGAACCAUUAUUAUCUGGAUGCGUGUGUCUCUUUCUUCGUCGUUAUUGCUGCGUUUUGGUGUAACAAGGUGUUCCUCGUGAUGUUGCCUCUGGAGGAUAUGCUGUUCUGGUGCUUGAGGCUUGAGAAGCCUAUCCCGACUACUGGAGACAGAGAGUAUUGGGAUGAAGGCCUCAUGACUAUCGUACCAGACAUUCCGACCGACAAAGCAUCCCAAGCCGAGAUCGAUUCUUGGAAUGAGAAUCCCGCGAAAGGCUGUCAGCUCAAGAUUCUGGACCCGAGCCACAAAGAUACUUCGACUCAGAUACAGAUUGGGUUUCGCCAGCAGGAUAUGGAAACGUUCAAGGAGCUCGACGAUCAUAAGUUGGUGGUCAAGGUGGUAUCCAGAUAUGGCUAUAUCCAGAUAUGGCUAUUGAGUGCAGAUCUUAGCAAAAGGCUUGUAUAUAGAGAUGGAAAGAUCGUGACGAUAUAG